UUUUGGUUGGCUGCUUUGUCAUGGGAUACUUUUUUAUUUUUUUUUUUUCUUUCAAUAAUUGACAUGUCAAGAUAUUUUGUCUCUACCCGUUAUCUUUUUCGACAACUUCAACGUUCUAUCUAUACCAAUACUCAUUUAAAUAGGCAUAUACUUUCCACUCGUAUUCGAUCCAAUAUCACAGUUCAUCCAACUCCAUAUACGUGUCAUUAUUAUUCUACUGGUUCAACUUUUAAUGUAGUAGAUUUCGAUGAUAUUCAAACUAUGAUCAAGAAUAAAAGCAAGGAUUGUCACUUGAUUGAUGUCCGAGAAAGGAUGGAAUUGAUGCAAGGAUAUAUCCCAACAGCGAAAAAUGUACCCUUGAGUCAAUUUGCUAGAGCUUGGUCUCUUUCAUCAGAAGAUUUUGAAGAAGAAUUUGGAUUUUCUAAACCAGAUCAAACAUCUACUUUAGUUGUUUAUUGUCAAGCUGGUAUUCGUAGUGCCAAGGCAGCUGAUUAUUUAUCUCAAUUAGGAUAUCAAAAGAUUCGGAACUAUCAAGGCAGCUGGGCUGAUUAUAGUGACAAAAUAAAAACAUCCUCGGGUCAAGGAAAUUAGUUUUUUUUGCUAUUGUUUUAUUUUUGGUUUGAAACUUCCUCUUUUUUUUUUUUUUCUCCCUUUCUCUACAUAUUAUAUAUCUUGACCCCCCCUUUCUUCCCCUUUUUUCUCUUCUACCAUUUUAUAAUAUCAUACUUUAUUUUUGUCUACUCCCCUUUUGUCUCCUUUUUUUUUUUUGAAA